AUGCUGGGCGUUAUUAUUCCAAUUGUCUUAUUGAUUGUGUUUGAUAUUUUGACACUUCACAAUGCUUAUAAGAUUCGUCGUCGAGUUGGUCCACUGAACAACAAUCUACGAAUUGAACGGCUGCGUUCAAACGAUCGUCAAAUGCUUGUAAUGCUUUUAUUUCAACUGGCCAUCUGCCUUCUACUCUCUAUUCCUUCUGCUGCUCUCGAUCUAUACGACGUAUUCCUUGCAUUAGUUUUAAAUAACGCACUUCAGCCAUAUGGGCAGGCUAUCUUCAUUUUUUCAUUGAACUUUUUCAGGAUACUCUAUUGUUGCAAUUCUGUUAUUGGAUUUUAUACUUAUACAUUGAUGGGACCUAAUUUUCGUAAGGAAUUUAAACGUUGUACUCGACACGGAUUAAGAAUCAUUUUGACAACAACUAAGCUUAUGGAAUGUCUACCAUUGAGUAUUCAAUAA